AUGCAUUGCAGGGAUCAAGGAUUGGUAGGCAACAAAGGAAUAAUAAGUGUGGUGUCUCUGCCCGGCGUCAGCUGGUUCGUGAUCAGCUUCUGCGUCUGGUUGGGAAAGACAAGUAUCUUUAUCGUGCUGAUUGCUGCAGGUGGCCGGGUGUCACUGUUGAUUAUGCAAAUACCCUGA